GUGGGACGGGGUCCUGCAGUGGGUCCUUCUGGGGGGGUGACAUUCAGCCGGCCGUUCGGGGCGACGGACUUUCCAUCCCAGAACCAUGGCCCAAUUUAUCCGUAACCUUGUGGAGAAGACCCCGGCGCUGGUGAACGCUGCUGUGACUUAUUCGAAGCCUCAGUUGGCCACAUUUUGGUACUACGCCAAGGUUGAGCUGAUUCCUCCCACCCCUGCUGAGAUCCCUAGAGCUAUUCAGAGCCUGAAAGAAAUAGUCAAUAGUGCUCAGACUGGUAGCUUCAAACAACUCACAGUUAAGGAAGCUGUGCUGAAUGGUUUGGUGGCCACUGAGGUGUUGAUGUGGUUUUAUGUCGGAGAGAUCAUAGGCAAGCGUGGCAUCAUUGGCUAUGAUGUUUGAAGACCAAUCUUUUUAACAUCUGAUUAAAUUUGAUUUAUUAUUUGAGUGUUGUUGGACCACGUGUGAUCAGACUGCUAUCUGAAUAAAAUAAGAUGUGU